AUGGCUGGCAACCACCAUCCUCAAGCUCCUACUCCUACAACUCUCCCCGAAAAUGACCAAUCUCACUUGUGUGGCUAUUAUUUCGACCAAAGGAACGAAUCGUCUGUAGUACACGUGCCGUCCGCUCAGGAUGACUUUUGGUUUCAAUCACAGCCGCUUAGUGGCUCCCUUCUGAAGCGUCUCAACAGCAUCCAGCUUAUAACCUCUUCUUACGACGAUCACGACAAUGUAUCUGAUGUUUCCGGAACAAACCGGUCAUGGUUCGAACUCUCAAUCUUCAGAGAAAAUGCUGAGGCUCAGAAUGGUCAUCGCUGGAUGAGCCAUGAAAAUAGGUUCGGGACAAAUGCCCUCCAAUAUCACAAAGGAAGGGUCUUCACUAGACACAGCGAAAUACUGAAACUUUUGAAGGACGGUGAUCGUAUCGGGGUUCACGCUGCCGCUGUCCAGUCGGAUUCGAACAAUUACCGCCAGAAUGGAAUCUUGAUAUACGGUAUCUGCUGCAAGGGCCAUGAGCAACCACUUCAAGAUUCGGUGCUCCGUAAAAUGCUGCGGAUGGAUGAGAGGGAUCCAAAUGCCCAUUCGACCUUUGAAUAUUUGAGCGACAAAACGACAGACCAGGUAGAAGACGAAAUCAAAGGCGACGGAGAAAACCCCAUAGUGGCUAGAAUGAAAUGGGAAGAUACCAAUAAGUUCGCGACACUCGCAACGGAGGCUAAAGUGAAAAGGAAGAAUGUUCUACUCCUCCUGGAUGCCGAAGACCUACCAGAAUCGACGAAUAUAGACCGUCGCCUGUCCUGGGGCCAGACGGUCGAGAAUAUAUGGAAAUGUAAGAUGAAAGAGCUUUGCAACGCGAUAUGGCAGGCACCCGAGAACAAUUAUUUUCACUUUCUCGUCCAGCUCGGUUUGGAGGGCGCAAUCUACAAGGGCUUCCAAGAGAAUGCAACCCAGGCCCAUCUCAUCUACGAGCCAACCAGCGCCAAAGGCGGUUUUCUUCGCUCUUACUCGGAUAAAGAUAUGGAAAAUCUCAAUGAGAGGCCAAGCAAUCCAAGCCCGCCGACAACCUCUUGGAGCUUGGAAACUGACUCAGAGCCGGUGUUGGUGUCGGUGGAGCUUGACUUGGCAAAUGCUGAGACGACUUCCAGAGUACCGUUAGUCCUUAAAAGUCUGCCAUGCUCUCCUCAAAAGGCCGCCCAGGAUACAUUGAUACAGGGGUUUGAGUGUGUACUGCCAUACAUGCCCAGUGCCCGAUUUGGCAACUUGAUAACGGCCGAUCGGGGGGAAGUCGAUGGCUUCCGAAAAAUUGCCAACAUGGUCCAUGAAUGGUACCUAAGCAACGAUGAAUCUAAGCCUUUGUCCAUUGCCGUGUUCGGGCAGCCAGGGUCUGGAAAGUCCUUUGGUGUGAAGGAGGUCAUCAAGUCCAUACUGGCAGCCGAUGGGAAGGGAAUCACAGAUCUAGAGUUCAAUCUUUCGCAGUUUCGCGAAGAGACUGACCUCCGACACGCAUUCGAAGUCAUCCGGGGCAAGGCGCUCUCGAGGGAGGUGCCCAUAGUGUUUUUCGAUGAAUUUGACUCGACCUUUCAAGAAAGAGAGCUAGGGUGGUUGCCGCAUUUCAUCAAACCUAUCAAAGAGGGUAAAUACAAGGAUGGUGCGGUAGAGCGGCCACUGGGACGUGGCAUCUACAUCUUCAUCGGAGGCACAAAGACAAAUCAUGAUGACUUCUUCAAAUCCUUAUCAAAUGGCGAUGACUCUGGGGGAGAUCCUCACCGAAAAGUCAAGGAAGAUUUCAGAACUGCUUUGAAAGGAUACGUAGACAUUCUCGGGCCGAGCCAAUUGGGGGAUCAGGAUAUGAACUAUUUCCCCAUCCGGCGAGCAAUUCUGCUUCGAAGCAUGCUUGAGAGGAUUUUCAAGUUUGCGAAAGGAAAACCAAUUGAAAUGGAUACUGGCGUCCGCAAUGCCCUGUUGUUCACUCCCACCGUCCUACAUGGUGCUCGUUCCCUUGAGUCGAUUCUGUCCAUGAGCAAAAUAAAUGCAGGAAAUCCCAUUAAGGUGAAUGAUAUUUGCAAAGAAGAUCAGCGCAAGUUGCAUGUGAAGGAUCCGAAAUUUGAGCAAUACUUGAAUGGCAAGAUAAACCCACCAAAUGCAGAACGCGAUGAACAGCAUUAUGCUUGGAUUGAACGGAAGUCGGGCAGAGCUUACAAGCCUAGGCCUGUGGUCCAUUUUGAUCCUACUACGACGUCUGCGGUCUCCGGUUCCGCCUCUGGCUAA